AUGGACCACGUCCUCCUUACUUUGAAGAGAAGCAAGACCGACCGAAACCACGAAGGUGUCAAUGUUGUCCUUGCAGCGACAAACGACGCAGCCUGCCCCGUCGAAGGCCUUUCUAAGCUAUUCCUCCAUGAUUCUCAACCUAUGACUGCUCCUCUAUUUGCGCUCUCCUCUGGUCCUUUCACCUCAUCCGCCUUCCAACGUGCGGUUAUCUCUAAGCUCAACCGCGCCGGGGAAGACACCACGGGACUUAAGGGUCAUAGUUUCAGGAAAGGGGCAGCACAACACGCCCACAACGCAGGCCUAAGGAAUGACCACAUCCAAGCCCUCGGGAGAUGGGCUUCCGAAGCCUUCCGCCUUUAUUUCACAACACCUAGAACAACACUAUAUGCCUGGAAACGUCAAUUCCAGACCGGUCAUCCAACUCCGGUCUCAUCUUCCAUACCACCAGCCCCUCCAUCAUCCUCUUUUGGCCCACCGGGUCAUUUGGGCCCGCCUGCAGCCCUCACGGCGCCGUAG